AUGGGCGAAGAUGACAAAUCCGGCGUUCCUAGAAGCAAGAAGGUUUUGGGCUCCUUGGCCAAUGCCGAUACUGUUAACAGCAUUUUGGUUUGUUUUCUGAAGUCUCAUUCAUAAUUACUUAAUAUACUCAAGAUUCUUAGUUUUUGAUAAAAUUAACUGCAGAGCGAACCAGCGAAGGGGUCGCUGGCAACCGCAAAAGGAGAGCGGAUGGAAGUGGAUCCCGUAGACUCCAGACAUGACACCGAAAUGCUGGCAGAGUUUGAGCGACGUAGAAGGGCGAGAACUCUCACACUCCCCACUGACGAUAUUCAAGUAAUGAUUUUCCAAUGAUCCGAUCUAUAGCGAUUUAUAGGUUAAACUGAAACUUCGCGCUCUCAACCAGCCCAUUUGUCUUUUCGGCGAAGACAUUCUAGAUAGGCGUGAGCGUCUGCGAGCCCUUCUGUCCACGAUGACUGAAGACGAAAUCGCGGCUGUUCUUCAUAGUGACGAGGUAUAAUCUGUUGUGGAUAUAACAAUCUGGAACAUCUCCAGGUUCAAGCAGAGAAGACCGACGAAGAAACCGUGACCUGGUACCAUCGUGGGCCGACAGCUUUGCGCGCGGCACGUGUUAAAAUUGCAGAUUAUUCGCUGAGAAAAGCUAAAUUAAGGUCGAGCAAAAAAAAAAAUACUCAUGAAUAGUCUAUUCAAAGAUUUUUGGGGAAUUAAUUGAAGGAGCAUCGAAAAAUCGCUCUCAGUACUAUUUUGGUUAUUCAAGGCUUUUGCGCAUACAAGCGCAUAUAAAAACAUUCCUAGAAUAAGUAUUUCGUAGAUAUUUUUAUACUACUUCCGAUUCACCCUCUAUAAAGUUAUUAAUUUUUUUAUGUAGGCUGGAAAGGGCCCGAGAAGAAGGCCAAAGACCGUCACACGAAAAAGCUUUGGCCAGACAGGAAGCUCAUAAGUGGGUGCAGCAGCUGAACCUGCACGCGUCACAAGUUGCCGACACACGGCCAGUCUCUUUCUGCGAGUUUUCCGCAGAUUCCAACCACAUCGGUUCGACACGGGCCACUUUUCCUUUCAAUUUAUAUUUUUAGUGACGUCGGGAUGGUCAGGGAAUGUUUCGGUGUGGAAACGCGAAGAUUGCCGCAAAAUUCGCGGCUUCACCGGCCACGGUGCACAAGCAGGCUGUGCGAGAUUCCAUCCGGGAGCGUUCACGACAAACGCAGAAUCGACACUGAAUGUUGUAUCCUGCAGUCACGAUGGUUUCUCAUGGAGCUAUAGAAAAAAGGAUAGAUAUUAAUUCAGGUACUGUUUUCCUCUGGUCUCUGGAUCAAGAAACACCUAUUGGAGAGCUCGAGAAGCAUCCUAGCCGCGUGACGAAAGUUGCGUUCCAUCCCAGUGGGAAUCACCUCGCGACAGCAUGGUAACUUUGUGUUGAUUGUAAAGUACGAAAACUUCUCAGAAUGUUUCCCCCAUUUUCGUACUUUCUGAAUGUUUUCUUUCAGCCUUUUGUCGUUCUCUUUCAUUCCUGACUAUAAUUGGUUAGGUAGAAAAUUUUUAGCAGUUUUAAAUGAUUAUUUUAUGAAAAAGGGCAUUAAAUUAUUAAUUUUUUUACGACUGCAGCCUUUGAUUGUUUUCAACUAAUCGAGUUCUCUCGUAAUGUUGUUCUUCACCUCACAGAGAGAUUUCGUGAGAAUAGUAGAUUCCUAUUUCAGCUUCGACUCCUCUUGGCGAAUGUUUGACGUGGAAACGAAAGAUGAGCUUCUAUUUCAAGAGGGCCAUGCAAAGGUUGGUUAGAAGUUGUUGCAUGAGCGAAUUUCGAGAAUGGAAGUCACAUUUCCGCAAAACUCAGGAAUCUCUUUCAGUCUAUGUUGUUUGUUUUUCAUCCGAAUUACAGUUUUCAUUAUAAAAUGCUUGAAGGCCGUCUCUGACGUCGCGUUUCACCCGGACGGCUCAGUGGCUCUGACUGCCGGACAUGACUGCUACGGCCGCGUUUGGGAUCUCCGAACGGGUCGAUGUAUCAUGUUCCUAGACGGACAUACUCGAGAAAUUCACACAGUUGAAUGGAUGCCAAACGGGUUUUCAGAUUAAAAAGGUGAAUGAAAAGAUUAGUAAUCUUAAAGCUACGAGAUGGUGUCCGGAGGCUCUGACAAUACGAUGAAGAUUUGGGACUUGCGCAUGCGUAGAAAUACGUACACGAUGCCGGCACACACGAGUGUCGUUUCGCGUAUCCGUGCAGAUCACCAAGGACAGUAUCUUGUUUCCAGUAGUUUCGACUGCACUUUGAAGGUAAUGCCAAAACAGAAUUUUCAUUUUUGUCUGUCUUUUUUUCUACCCAGAAAAGUCAGUAUGUUAAGAUUUUUUUAAAAAUAUUCCAGUUUGAAAAAAAUUCAAAAAUAAAAAAAUCGUAUAUUAAUAUAUAUCGUUCUCAGCUCUGGUCCACUACCGGCUGGCAACCUCUCAGACAACUACAAGGACACGAUACGAGGGUACCUACUUCAGUCGAAAAACUUCAAAAAAACUUGAUCAUCGCUACCAUAAGGAAAAAAUUAUUUUUGCUAUUCUGAGACAAAGAAAAAAAUAAAUUUUAUUAUAGAUCCUGUGUGUUGAUGUGAGUCCCGAUGGGAACUGGAUUAUUUCGUCUGCUUUCGACCGAACUUUCAAGUUAUGGAGCCAGUCGGAAUACUGA